AUAUAUCAAAGCCGUUAGCCGCCACAACUUUGGCAUUUUUCACUGAUAGAAACUUUUUCAGCAUCUGACUUCUUCCUAAAACCAAAUUGUGUAUAAUUAUUUGCCAUCAAGCAUCCUAUUUUUUGUGUCAAAGAACAUAUGGACAUCUUAGCGGAUGAUCGAACUAAACAACUAAGGGCUUUUGAUGACACAAAAGCCAGGACUAGUUGAUGCUGUAGUUGGUGGUGUCGUUGAUAUUCCAAACAUAUUAAUCCGGCCACCCGAUGAAGUAGUCGAAGAUCUGGAAGUUAGUAAAACAAGUUUACAAGUACCUGUCAUUGAUCUUCAUGGGGUUGGCGACAAGGGGAGUUCAAGAAGACACAACAUCAUAAACGAAAUCAAACACGCUUCGGAAAUCAAACAAGGGGUUUCUUUCAGGUGGUUAAUCACGGAAUACCCCCCAAAGUACUUGAUGAUAUGCUGAAGGGAGUGCGUAGGUUCCAUGAGCAGGAUGUAGAGUUGAAAAGGGAUUAUUAUUCGAGAGAUCCGAAGAGGAUGGUGAAGUUUACUUCCAAUUAUGAUUUGUACAUGUCUAGAGCAGCUAAUUGGAGGGAUACGUUGGUUAUUGACAUGGUGAAUACCUACCAUCUUGAUCCUCAAGAUCUACCCUCGAUAUCUAGAGAUGCCACGGUUGACUAUCUAAACCAUGUCAUGAAGUUUGUAGACACCCUUUUUGAGUUACUAUCAGAAGCUCUUGGGCUAGCACCGAACUACCUGAAAUGCUUGGAAUUGGAGAAGGGUAAAACCUUGGUUGGCCACUACUAUCCGGCUUGCCCGAAACCUGACUUGACUCUUGGAAUCGGCAAGCACACCGAUACUUCUUUCAUUACUCUACUUCUACAAGAUGAGAUUGGUGGACUACAAGUUUUGCAUCAAAACCAAUGGGCCAGUGUCGGUCCUAUUCCAGGCGCUCAUGUUGUCAAUAUCGGGGAUUAUCUUCAGAUCAUAUCAAAUGACCAGUUCAAAAGUGUGAUCCAUCGCGCAAUUGGCAACACAACUCAAUCACGAACAUCGUCUGCUUGUUUUUUUCUUGGUGUGGCAACACCACUGAAAACUUAUGGACCCAUUGAGAAGCUUAUCACGAAAGAAACUCCUCAAAUUUAUCGAGAAUUUACCAUAAAAGAUAUUAACAUGAACUUUUACUCAAGGAGACUGAAUGACAAAUCUUCCUUAAACUAUGUUCGCAUUUAGAUAAUUAUGUUAGCAUAUUAGAGCUCAAGUCUCUCGAAUAAACCAAAGAUACCAACAUAGCAUGUUUUAUAUAUACAUUUAUUUGGUAUUUCAUUUUCCAAAGUAGUUAGGACGUUUAUAAGAUUUGGCUACUUAUUCCAUGUAAUAUAUAAAAGGAUACAUGUAAUCAAACAGUGAUGUUUAUUAUCUUGUGUUGAAUCCAUGUAGUUCAUA